CCUCCAUCCACACAAACAACCAUACGGCCCCGCCAACACGCGCCGCAGCAAUCGCACGACCCAACUUCGCCUAGUAUUCAAAGACUACGUCUUCACACCUGUGCGCCUUUGACAGACCGCAGUAGUCAUGGGUCUCUCGCCUGCUGUGCGGCUUCUCGCAGGAUUGUCGCUUGUGGUCUCUGCCACAGCGGCCGCUUCCCAGCUUAACAUCGUUCCUCUCCCAGCAAAGUACGCGACGGGCGACGCGGUUGUGUGCCUUACUCACGACUUUGAGGUCAAGUUCGACAAUGAUCCACCCCAGGACUUGAUCAGUGCCGCAUCGCGCAUGGUUAAACGUCUGAGAUGCAUCCAACACACCUACCUCUCGCCCUCACGCGGCGCCGAGUUCCUGGCCAAUGGAGGCUGUAAUGGGUACAUUGAUUCUUUACACCUUAGCGUCAGCAACCCGGGGACCGUCUUCGCCCAUGCCACAAAGCCGAUCGGGCAGCGAAACGAGACUUACGAGCUGUCUGUACCAACGAGCGGAAAGGCAACGGGCAAAGCCGAGACUGCACUUGGCGCAUUCCGCGCCCUCACAACCUUCGAGAACCUCUGGUUUACGACGCAGCUGGACCCGGGCAUGUCACUUCAGGUACCCCUCGACUGUCCAGCUCGGAUUAUUUUCGCUCCCUUUGCGCCUUACAACAUCAAUGACGCGCCUGCUUUCCGUUGGCGUGCCGUACUUCUCGAUACGUCUCGGCACUUCUUCCCGUUGCCCUCCCUUCGCGCGAUGCUCGACGCGAUGGCGGCGGUAAAGCUCAACGUGUUUCACUGGCACGUCACGGACUCGAACUCGUGGCCGCUGGAUCUCUCGGCGCUGCCGGAGCUGGUGAGGGGCGCUUAUUCCUCCCAGCAGAUUUACAGCGAGGACGACGUGCGAGAGCUGGUCACGUACGCUGGCGAGCGCGGCAUCGACGUGGUUUUAGAAAUCGAUACUCCCGGACACACAGCAAGUAUCGGGGAGUCACACCCCGAUUUCAUUGCAUGCCUCAAUGCGCCUUGGAAAGACAACGCCAACCAGCCACCGGCCGGACAGCUGCGUUUCGCGGACGACGCUGUGGUAGACUACACGACGGCCAUCUUUACGGCAGCAGCAGAGCUUUUGUCGAGCGCGUACUUCGGGACGGGGGGAGAUGAGCUGAACCUGCGCUGUAUGCGUGACGAUGGUCCGACGCAGGCGACGCUGAAAGAGAAGGGCUGGACACUAGAGGACGCCCUGUUGCAGUUCACAAAUCGUACACACGCGGUCCUGCUGAAGAAGGGGCUCACGCCCAUUGUGUGGCAGGAAAUGGUCUUGGACCACGGCGACCUGAAACUCAGUGUUGAUACCGUGGUUGAAGUGUGGCUGAGCAGCGCUCACACGCGUGCUGUAUUGGACAAGGGUUUCCGCGUCGUCCAUGCCGCCUCAGACUUCUUCUACCUCGACUGCGGUCACGGGGGGUGGCUCCCUCCGGGCGGUAACAGCUGGUGCGACCCAUUCAAGCCGUGGACAAAGAUGCUUUCAUUCGACCCGUACGCCAACGUUGCCGACUAUCAACGCCACUUGGUGCUGGGCGGCCAGGUCUCGCUGUGGGCCGAGCAGACGGACGACGCCAACCUCGAGAGCGUGAUGUGGCCCCGCGCCGCCGCUUCCGCGGAGCUCUGGUGGUCCGGUGGACCCGGUGACACCAUUAACGCUCUCCCAAGAAUGCACGACAUGAGAUACCGCCUGCUUGGCCGCGGCGUGCGCGCCGCCCCUCUCCAGCCCGAGUGGUGUGCCCUCCGUGCUGGCGCGUGUGUGCUGUGACGGACCUGGCGGGGUGCGGAGAUAAGGACGCGGUGCCUAGGUAAACCCUGCGCCGUUCAGCGCGUCUAGGCUUUCCUACCCUGGCAAUCCGCUCGAUGUAUGCAUGCUUAAGUCAGAAGAUAAAACUUGGACGUACCGCCGUG